AUGUCUGUGAGCACCCUAGUGAUCCUUGUGCUUCAUCUAUGGCUUCCAGCACAAGCCCACACAAGUUUCCGCUUCAACAAAUUCAAUGCAUCCACCCUUUAUCAGAUCGGAAAUUCUUCAAUCCGCUCCGGUGCCAUCUGCCUCACCAAUCAAACACAACAUAUGUCUAGCCGAGACUUAUAUAGACAGCCUAUACGGAUGAAAGCUGAUCACAAUUCCAGGAAUACAAGCUCAUCAUUCAGUACCACCUUCGUAUUCGCAAUCGUUCCCUUUUCUUCCAAUCCUUUACGCAGCGGGCAGGGAAUGGCUUUUAAGAUUACACCGAGCAAGUCUCCGGUUGGACAAUCAUCAACCCAGUUCCUCGGCUUGUUCAACAGUUCCAGCAUCGGCCAGCCUUCCAAUCAUCUCUUUGCCGUUGAAUUCGACACAAUCCUCAAUGAGGAGUACUUAGACAUCAACGACAACACGUCGGCGUGGAUCUGA